AUGAUUUAUAGACAAUCAUUGGCCAAUUUAAUUAAGAUGCUUAAUCAAACCCAUCCCCAUUUUAUUCGUUGUAUUAUCCCUAAUGAACAGAAAACGGCAGGUGUAAUAGAUGCUGGUUUGGUACUUAAUCAACUUACUUGUAAUGGUGUUUUAGAGGGUAUUCGAAUUUGUCGGAAAGGAUUUCCAAAUAGGGUUCAUUAUCUCGACUUUCGACAACGCUAUGCAGUACUUGCUGCUAAAGAAGCUAUUGAACCUGUAUCUGUUGAACUGGCAGGGAAACGAAUGUGUGAACGCAUGGAGCGUGAAGGGAUACUUAACUCGGAUAGUUUUCAAUGUGGCAAAACUAAAAUAUUUUUUAAAACUGGUGUUCUAGCUUCACUAGAACAACACCGUGACGAAGCGUUGGCUAAAAUUAUUGCUGAAUUCCAGCGAGUUUGCCGUUAUUAUUUGGCACAAAAGGAGCUUCAACGUCGGCGAGCUCAAAAGGCUGGCAUUAAAAUAAUUCAACGUAAUGUCCGUAAAUGGUGUGCUCUACGUGGUUGGAAUUGGUUUAAGCUAUUAGGCCGCGUCCGCCCUCUUAUCAAAGAAAAUCAACAACGCGAGGAUUCUUUUGCUGAAUUGGAAAAUAUUAACAAAAAUUAUUCACGUUUAGAAGCUGAUUUUGCUCGCGAAGAAAAACGAAGGAAGGAAUUGGAGGCAGAAACUGAGCGUUUAAAAGCUGAACGUCAACAGCUUGAAAUGGCAUUAGCACGUGAGAGGGAUAGGUAUGCUGAAGCUGAGACACAUGCUAAGAGAACUGAUGGGCAAAAAGCAGAGCUGGAACGUCAGCUUGACAAAAUGUCUGAGCAAUUAGCCGAAGAGGAAAACGGUUAUGCUUCAAUGGCAAAAGCUCGAAAAAAGCUUGAAGCAGACAUUGAAUUGCUUAGAAAACAGCUUUCCGAGGCCGAUUCUAAUUUACGGAAGCAGGAAAGCGAUAGACAAACACGUGAAGCACAAACACGUUCACUACAAGAUGAGAUAGCAUCGCUUGAUGAAACAGUUGCAAAACUUGGAAAAGAAAGGAAACACCAAGAGGAACUUAAUCGAAAAUUAACUGAUGAGGUCAAUUCGUACGAGGAACGGAUUGCUCAACUUAAUCGUGCUCGUCAAAAAUUGGAACAAACAUUGGACCAAUCUGAAGAAACGCUCGAACGUGAAAGAAAGGCACGUCAGGAUUUGGAUAAACAAAAACGCAAAACUGAGGGAGAACUUAAAAUUGCGCAUGAAAAUCUAGAGGAAUUAGGUAGACAACGGGAGGAAUUGGAGAAUGCUGUGAAGAGAAAAGAAGCUGAAACACAACUUUUGACUUCACGUUUAGAAGAAGAACAAUCAUUAGUUGCUCGUCUUCAAAAACAGAUAAAAGAAUUAGUCUCUCGUGUUCAAGAAUUAGAAGAUGAAUUAGAUUCUGAAAGAUCUGCGCGUGUUCGGGCAGAGAAAGCACGUAAUGAACUUCAAGUUGAGAAUGACGAACUUACUGAACGUCUUGAUGAAAUGGGUGGGGCGGGAGCUGCCCAAAUUGAAAUGAAUAAAAGGCGAGAGGCAGAAAUGUCUAGAAUGAGGCGGGAAAUGGAAGAAGCAGCUAUUCAGAAUGAAGCUGCCCUUCAGACUCUUAAAAAGAAAAAUGUUGAUGUGACUGCUUCACUUUCUGAACAACUCGAAGCAGUUCAAAAGGCCCGUUCCAAAGCUGAAAAGGAUCGUAUUCAAAUGGAAAGAGAAAUUGAACAACUUCAACAACAAUUAGAUUCUGAAACUAAACAAAAGAAAAAUGAUGAGAGAACUGCCAAGCAUUGGGAAGCCCAGGCUAUUGAGUGGCAGGCAAAGUCUGAAGACCAAAGCCGUUUGGUAUCAGAACUUCAAUCAUUCAAAUCACGUGCUCAAACAGAUAUCUCUGAACUUAAUAAGCAAUUGGAAGAUGCUGAAGAGAAAAUAGCUCAAUUGGGAAGGGCAAAGAUUAAAUUAGCUAGUCAACUAGAAGAAUCUCAACGAUUUUUGGAACAAGAAAAUCGGGAAAGACUUGAAAUUAUGCAACAACUUUCCAAUUCUCGCUUACAAUGUGACCAACUACGUGAACAGAUAGAAGAGGAGCAAGAAACCAAAAGUGAUUUAUUGAGACAAAUAAGUAAAGCAAAUGCUGAAACACAACAAUGGAGGGCUAAAUACGAGGGAGAGGGUCUAUUACGUGCUGAGGAGUUGGAGGAACAAAGAAAGAAAAUUAUUGCAAAAUCAGAAGAAGUCAUUGAACAAUUAGAACAGGCCCAACAACGAAUAACUACUUUAGAGAAAGUUAAGCAUCGGCAGGCUCAAGAAUUAGACGAUGCCCAACUCCAAGCUGAACGUGCCAUGCAAGCAUUAACUCAACUUGAGAAAAAACAAAAAGGAGUAGAUAAACUUUUGGAUGAUUGGAGAUUAAAAUGUGAUUCUUUGGCUGCUGAAGCAGAGGCUGCUGAAAGACAAACACGAAUUUCUGGAACUGAAGCCCUUCGUCUUCGCUCUCUACUUGAAGAAUCUGAAGAAAAAGUUGAAGGUCUCCGACGAGAGAAUAAAUCAUUAGUGGAAGAAUUGCGUGAUUUAUCUUCUCAGAUUAGCGAGGGAAGUCGUGGGGAGCAUGAAUUAGCAAAAGCUAAACGGAGAUUGGAACUUGAAAAGGAGGAAUUGCAACUGGCACUAGAAAGUGCUGAAUCAGCAUUGGAGGCGGAGGAAAAUAAAGUUUUACGGGGGCAGGUAGAAAUUUCUCAAAUUCGCGCAGAAAUAGAGAAAAGAAUAGCAGAAAAGGAAGAAGAAUUCGAAAAUACACGAAAAACACACCAACACGCAAUUGACUCAAUUCAAGCAACACUUGAAGCUGAAAGUCGGGCUCGUUCAGAUUUGGCCAAAACAAAGAAGAAGUUAGAAAGCGAUAUUGGGGAAAUGGAGAUUAGUUUGGAUCAUGCGAAUAGGGCUAACUACGAGUCACAAAAACAUUUGAAAAAACAACAAGAACAAAUUAGGGAACUUCAACAACAAAUAGAUUCAGAACAACAACAAAGAGAACUUUUAUAUGAACAGGCACAAAGUGCGGAACGUAGAUCUCACCAAUUAGCACAGGAAAGGGAAGAAGCUAUUAUUGCUUUGGAGCAAACAGAAAAAGCUCGCCGACAGCUUGACAUUGAUUCUCAAGAAAUGAAAGAAGCCCUAAUCUCACUUGAACAACAGACAAUAUCAUUAAGCGCCUCGAAACGCAAACUUGAGGCAGAUUUGGGAUUAGCACAAUCUGACCUCAAUGAAAUGGGUAAUGAAUUAAGAGCUUCUGAUGAAAGGGCUAAAAGAGCAAUAAGUGAUUGUGCUAGAUUAGCAGAAGAAUUACGUCAAGAGCAGGACCAUGCUCAGCAUAUUGAAAGACAGAGAAAAGCUUUGGAAUUGCAAAUUAAGGAUUUGCAUCUAAGAGUAGAUGAGGCUGAAUUGUUGGCCAUGAAGGGUGGAAAGAAGGCUUUUGCUAAGUUAGAACAGCGUGUCCACGAAUUAACAACAGAAUUAGAGGCGGAAGCCAGAAGACAUACAGAAACCCAAAAAGCACUUCGAGGCAAAGAGCGUCGUGUUCGUGAACUUCAAUUUCAAGUUGAUGAAGAUAAAAAAGGUCAAGAAAGACUUUACCAAUUAGUUGAGAGAUUGCAGCAAAAACUUAAGACUUUUAAGAAGCAAAAUGAAGAAGUGGAGCAAAUGGCCUCAAUAAAUUUAAAUAAAUAUCGCCAUAUCCAAUAUCAAUUGGAGGAUGCUGAAGAACGUGCAGAUACUGCGGAAAAUUCACUUGCUAAAUAUAGAGCAAAAAGUCGUUCAACAGCAAAUAUUCAUAUGCUUAUAGGUAAAGGUGUUAAGACUUCUGCUUCUACUACAUCAGCACUUCACAAUAAUGUGCUUUAUUAUCCAAUUCGGCAUUCUUCUGUUGAACAUAGUUCUUCUCUUCAUAAUACUUCUUUUGGAAACGGUGCUCCAUUAUGGACAGCUUCUUCAGCUUUAUAUGCAGUAAAUGGUGAACGUCAAGAAAAUAAGGAAGAAGAAGAUUCAGAAAAAGAUUCAAUAAUAAGUCAUUCAAAUCAAGAAGAGGAUUGA